AAUAUCAAAAUCGGUUUAUCUCUCUCGCUUUCUCUCUAUCCAAGUGUGUAGCCUACCUGGCCGACGUCACCAGCCUAUUGCAUUGACAACCCUGGCAGAGCGUUGAGUUGACUAGCCUACUUCCUCAUAUACGCUGCACAUUCCCGAGUACAACAGACGUAACUAGGCACUGGAAAGCAAGAGGUAGAGAAACACGAACCGACCCACUGGUGUGAACGGAGGUGACUGCUCACGAUGGCGCCGUUCUUGCGGAUUGCCUUCAAUGCGUUUGACCUGGGUGCCUUGCCCCAGAUGACCGAGGCUCCCUUCUGUGCCAUCAAGAUGAAAGAGUCUCUCACAACAGAAAGGGGCAUUACUCUGGUGCAGAGGAAGCCCACUAUGUACCCCGCGUGGAAGGCCAGUUUUGACGCCCACAUCCAUGAGGGGCGCGUGCUGCAAGUGGUCCUGAUGAAGACGGCUGAGGAGCCCCUGUCCGAGGCCACGGUGGGGGUGUCUGUCCUGGCCGAGCGCUGCAAGAAGGGCAACGGCCGAUCUGAGUUCUGGGUGGACAUGCAGCCAUCGGGCAAGGUCCUGAUGGCUGUACAGUUCUUCGUGGAGGACCAAGAUUCUAAAUGCCAAGACAUAGGUCCCAAGCUGUCAGUGAAGGAGAAGGAGGAGGAGGUGGAUGGGGCGAUGACCCUGAACAGACGGCGUGGAGCCAUCAAGCAGCCCAAGGUCCACGUCAUCAAGAACCAUGAGUUCACGGCCACCUUCUUCAAACAGCCCACCUUCUGCUCUGUGUGUCGGGAGUUUGUCUGGGGACUCAAUAAACAAGGAUACAAGUGCAGACAAUGCAAUGCAGCCAUCCACAAGAAAUGCAUCGAUAUUAUCAUCGGCCGAUGCACGGGAACAGCAGCCAACAGUCGUGACACAAUGUUCCAGAAGGAGCGCUUCAAGAUUGACAUGCCGCACCGCUUCAAGAUGCAUAACUACAUGAGCCCCACCUUCUGUGACCACUGUGGCAGCCUGCUCUGGGGGAUGGUCAGGCAAGGCCUUAAAUGUGAAGAUUGUGCGAUGAACGUCCAUCGCAAGUGCCAGGGCAAAGUUGCCAACCUCUGUGGCAUCAACCAGAAACUGCUGGCUGAGGCACUCACACAAGUUAGCAUGAAAUCAUCCACAAGGCGGUCUGACCCGUCUGUGGUAGAUAUAGGAAUCUACCAGGACAUUCCCAAAGGCCCUACAGCAGACCCUAGUGCUGCUUCGUUUGGCUCCACUCCUGCCGCCACACCGGGCUCAGCCAUCAUCCACCAGACCCGUGUCUCCAUAGACAACUUUGUGUUCCACAAGGUGCUGGGCAAAGGCAGCUUUGGCAAGGUGAUGUUGGCUGAACUGAAGGGCAAAGGGGAGUACUUUGCAGUGAAAGCCCUGAAGAAGGAUGUGGUCUUGAUGGAUGAUGACGUUGAAUGCACUAUGGUGGAGAAGAGGGUUCUUGCACUCGCCUGGGAUAACCCCUUCCUCACACAUCUCUACUCCACCUUCCAUACCAAGGAACACUUAUUCUUUGUAAUGGAGUACCUGAAUGGUGGAGACCUCAUGUUUCACAUACAGGAUAAAGGGCGCUUUGACCUGUACAGAGCUACGUUCUAUUCUGCAGAGAUCAUCUGUGGACUGCAGUUCCUCCACUCCAGAGGAAUCAUUUACAGAGAUCUGAAGCUAGAUAAUGUAAUGUUGGACAAAGAGGGGCAUGUCAAAAUUGCAGACUUUGGCAUGUGCAAAGAGAACAUGAUUGGAGAAAACCGUGCCACUACAUUCUGUGGAACACCAGACUACAUUGCACCUGAGAUCCUGCUGGGCCAGAGGUACUCCUUCUCAGUGGACUGGUGGUCAUUCGGCGUGCUACUGUAUGAGAUGCUGAUUGGUCAGUCGCCCUUCCAAGGCGAUGACGAGGAUGAGCUCUUUGAAUCAAUCCGGAUGGAUGUGCCACACUAUCCUCGGUGGAUCACUAAAGAAGCUAAAGACUUACUGGAGAAGCUGUUUGAGCGUGAUCCAACCCGUCGGCUUGGCAUUGUGGGAAACAUUCGGGGUCAUUCCUUUUUCAAGACCAUCAACUGGCCGGCCCUUGAGAAAAGAGAAGUCUCCCCACCAUUCAAGCCUAAAGUGAAAUCACCCAGCGACUGCAGCAACUUCGACAGGGAGUUCCUCAGUGAGAAGCCCAAACUGUCCCACUGCGACAAAACCCUCAUUGACUCCAUGGAUCAGACAGCUUUCAAAGGCUUCUCCUUUAUCAACCCCAAGUUGGAGCACAUUCUGGAUAAGAAGCAAUAGAAGAAGGGGGAGGGGGGGGUGCAUGAUUUUUAGCAAAGGGUAGGAAUAAAGCCAGUGUUACAUUUGAAGUACUCCAAAGGAUUGAAUCAGCAAAUGGUGUGUUCCUCUUGUGAUCAAAACUGUAAUCAGUGGAAAUAUCUGAAAUACGGUGUGACACACACACAUUCAUAUACCCACAAACACACACACAUUCAUAUACCCACAAACACUCUUACACAAACAAUUCCUUCAUUGACUGAGAAGCAUUGACAUAAGACUUCAGAAAAGGGACCGUCUCUCAUAUUUAUCUUUUAACUCCAGAUUGGUGUUUAGUUUCUCAUCCUUGGAUGUCUGAGGAUACACUUCGGCCUUACCUCUUUUAAAUGACCUUUGUAUACCUCCUGAAUCUACGAGAAAUGUUCUAGAGAACAAAUUAACACAAAUGAACUUUUAAUACUCUGAACUGUGCAAAUUUUUAUGGAGUAAUUGAAGUUCACACCAGUCCUCUUGUGGUACCCCAUACAAAUUGGGACUGGGUGUUGCACUAAUGCUUUCACAUAAAUUACCCCUUUGUGUGGCCAUACCAGCACAUAUCUUUGAGUGCUACAUGUAGUCAUACUCCACAUAACUGAAUGGUAUUACUGAAAUGGUACCUAUGGGUGUAAUGGGAUGUUCUCCUCUGGAUAAAGUAGUUAAAAUAUAUGUAUGUAAUUUUACUUGAAUGUUGGCAUUUUAACAAAAAAGAUUUUGUAUAUAAAAAUAUAUGUAUAUUGCUCAAUCCUCAUUAUUGGGAGGCUAGAAGGAUCUUCUUUUUUACUGUCAUCAAAUCUCAUGUCCCAAGACAAAUAAAGGCAUUUAACUCUCGAAA